AAGAAAAAGCCUGUCUUUGUUGAAAGGUCAGAGUCUUGCCUUCCAAGAAGAUGAAGGAGGAAUAAAUACAGCUGAAGUUCAGCUUAUUAUACAGAUGUACAGAUGGUCUGCAGAAUCGAGCCAUACCCAAGUUCGGGGAAUUGAGGUCAGAAAGGUCAGGUCUGUCCCCAUGUGAAGCAAUGCACCUGAAUUAUGCCACAGAAUAAUUAUUAAAUGAAAGAAAGUAGGAGCCUAGCUCAAAAUAGUGCCUAUGGUAAGCAUAUUAACUGUAUCCUGGAUAAUAUAUAACACAAUAUUAGUCAUCUUUCUUUAGGAUAUAAAUGCAAGCAAUUUUUUGAUCAUUCUACAUAUCUGCUGGGCAAAACAUAGUCACCCUUUCAGUCCUGAAAACAUCAUAACAUUUCCUUGGAAGUUUGCAUGGUACAUUACCCUUUACUCCAUGUUUCUGGGCAGAGAGAAAUUUCCUUUUGUUGAAAAUAACCCCCCCCCCCGCCAUAGGCCAAUGUGGUGUGUACAGCCUUUGUAUCCCAGGGCUGUUAUCUCCUGCUGUCACUGACCAAACUCUUGUGGCAUUCAGGAGGCAGUGAAAGUUCUCAUGUUGACUUUAGUGAGAGGAGGCUGAAUUCUUGAUCUUUCUUUAAAUCUAAGAACCCUUUUUUCUUCUGUUAAAGCAAUUAUUUGCUUGUAGAACUCUUUAAAUUGAGGCUGGAGUAACACAGUGCCAUGAGGGCUUUGAUGUGGAAAGUGAGUAAAUAUUACAUUUAGGACUUGGAUUAAGGUUUCAAGGAUGCCCCCUAAGCACAUUAAUGAUUUCUAAAGGUUGUUGCUUAUGCUGACUUCACUGUAAACGUUCUAAGUGAAGUAAGUGCCCACCAGCAGAUGGUGCUUCUGCCUGAGAAUUGCUUUCUUUCAUGAUGGUUGAAAGACCAUUUCCUCACUCACAUCAUUAUUAUAAAUGGUCCACUGAGUGGCAAAACAGUUGCUAUUACAUCAUAUGGGUUCUAUAUUUGAGAUAGUUCCUGUAUAUGCCUUUCUGUCCACUCAUCCUUUACCCCUAGUGCUGAUUAUGUUUGUAGCGCCUUUAAUUAAAUGGAGAGUUUCAGUUUUAAAAAGAAUCCUGUAAAAAGUGCUUAUUAAGCAGAUGUGGUAUCUGGCUACAGAAUUUCAGUGGUAGGAAAGACAGAGCAGAAUGAUGUUUAUUUUAGCUUGGGAUGCCUUCCUUGCUGCCUUCAGUUGAGACAUGUACAUUCAAAACUAGGCAGACAAGCUUUUUUUCUGCUGUUACCAUAGCAGUAAGUACACUGAAAUGAAGAUAUAGGACCCCUUUAAUUAGACAAUACAUUAUCAUGUUGCACAUAGGUGUCUUGAUACACUUCUCCUCCAGCAUUUAAGAUACCUCGAUGGUUGAUACAUCCAGUCCCAUGGUCCACGUGCCACUGUUUAUGCUUAGCAUAUUGUUGCAUGUGGCAGCAUAUAAACUCAGGUUAAGCCAGUACGAUGCCAGUUUUGGACUUGAAGGUUGUAGAUAACACUGAGCUUGUGGGCGACACUGGGAAUGGAGAAGGAUUGGUGGUAAUGUGAAUCUCUGCAAGUACAUGAGGUAUGGUUCUCCUUGCAGAAGAGCAAAAACCAGGAGUCUGAUUCAACGUUUUGAGUUGGAUUAUGGAACUACUCCUUGUCAUAGAGAUCACAGAAUCACAGAAUAGCUUGGGUAGGAAGGGACCUCAGUGAUCACCAAGUUCCAAAAUCUGCACUAGAUCACACAUUAGAUUAGGUUGUUCAGGGCCCCAUCCAACCUAGCCUUGGUACUGAGACCCAAACUUGCCCUCAGGCUGCUGUGCCCUGCUGCAUUCUAUGCAGCUGUGAACAUGUUCCUCUCAGCCAGGAGAUGCCAGGAUGAGGACAGUGUUACCCCAGUGAGAAGGUGAGAACUCUAAAUGGGUCAGGCAGGGUAAGGUAUCAAUACGAGAUGGAAAUAUCGUAAACUCAUUCUUACUUUAACCACAGCAAUCACACACUUGCACACAGAAAAAAGUGCAUACUCCAAUAAUGUUGGUCUGCAGACAUUCUUGAGUAUUAUGAAUAAUCUGAUUUGUUUUAGAAGUGAUGCGAUUGUUAUGAAAAUGGUAAUUUCUUCUCUUUCUCUCAUCUCAGAAAGGAUGAGAGAAACCCAGCAGUAGAUGUGCUAAAUUCAGCUUUUCUGAAGAGGCUGCUUUGAGGAACUGCUACGAAGGCCCAAAACUAAAAGAAGGAAGGACCAUAAAGCAUCCUUAUGAUUUUGAGGGGAUAAAUGUACAUUCCAUGCCGCAAUGAUUGCAGCCUGAUGAAUUGAUGAAGAUGCCAGAGUACGGUUUCUAGAAGACUGGACAUUAGCAGAUCCAAGAGGCCAAUUAAUCAGAUGGAAUCCAGUAAAAAGAUUACUCUCUUGUUCUCCAGAGGCUGCUGCAUGAACAAAAUAUAAACAUACAUAUAUCAGCUGAAAUCCCUCAGGCAGCUCACCCAGAAUAACCUUCUUUUGGAUCCACUCCAGCUCCAGGCAGAGGCUCUGAUUCAGGAAAUUCUUGCUGUCCGUGGUAGGUCUGAAACCACACCUGCGUUGCUUCCCAAAAGCAUUGUCUGUGGACCAGGCCUUGUGUGGUCACCCAUGGGAUGCCUACUAAUAUAGCUGUGUUUGCAUGGCUUUGGCUGCUUUGGGUACAGGCAUCACUGCUGCAAUAGGUCACUACGGGAGUACCUCCAAAUGGAGAUGCUUUCAGGCACACACUGACUGUGCUUUCUGCUGUGGGAAAGCUACUGGAGGCCUGCUUGGGAGGGAAAGAAGCGCUUUGAGGAUGGCUCCCAUGGCAACAAGAUAAGGCCUUACAGAGUAAGCGUGUGCAGCUCCCAGUGAGGAGUGAACCCUAAAUUGAAAGCAGAUGAGUGAAACAGGUGACUAAUACAGAUAAAGCCAGUGCUACUGGAAGGAUGGGGAGCCAUGAAGAGAGUGGGAAACAGCCAGAUGCCAUGUAUUUGGACCGUGACAUUGCACAGGAUAGUCUUGAGCUUGCCUUUACACUUAAGGCAGUGAUGACAGAGCAACUGGGACCAGUGACCACCCUGUUAUGUGAGGUCUGGCACCUCACAGAACAACAGCAUGGUUGAUGAUGGAAAACAUCUCUGGAGACUGUCUGAUCCAACCCCAUGCUCAAGCAUGGCCACACACAGCAAGUUGUCCAGGGCUGUGUCAGCUCUCUAACUAGCAGGAGACUCCAACAACCUCUCUGGGCAGCUCAUGCCAGUGCUCUAUCACCUACACAGUAGGUGAUGUUUAGACAGAACCUUCUAUGCUUCUGUUUGUACUCAUGCCUCUUGUCCUUGCACCAGACACCACUGAAAAGAGCAUGGCUCACUACUCUCUUCACCCUCCCUUCAACUACUUGUACACACUGAUGAAAUCAUCAUCCUGAGCCUUUUCUUCUCCGGGCUGAGCAGUUCCAACUCUCUCAGUGUUUCCCCACAGGUGAAACACUCCAGUCUAUUCACCAUUUCAGUGGCACUUAACUCUCUCCAGUGUGCCCACACCUGUCUUGUACUGUGGACCCCAGACCUGGACACAAUGCUCCAGGUAUAAGACAUGUGGUGCAGUACGGUGUCCUCAGGGUGCCACAUCCUCCUGCCCACCACCUUCCUGGGCGCCCUGCCCUGUAACCCCAGCCAGCCCAGGACUUCCAGUCCUGUCCUGUAGUUGUAAUGUGGUGAUGUGGUCAGCUGGCAGGGAUGAUGCAAGCAAUACUAUACAGAUAGUGUAAGCACUUGAUUGCCAGCAUGGUGAAAACACACACUUAUGAGUAGACUUUGCUUGCCUCUCUAGUAGCAUGAGUGCUUGCUUGGUGUGGGAGCUGAAGGUGGGCAGACUGCACAGCCAGUUCACAUAUCUGGAUUUCAGCCAUGUAAGUGAAUGGGUCCAAGGUCAAGAAAGGCUGAGAAAACAAGAAAUGUGACUAUGUGCAUGCAACACGCACCAGGUUGAAUGAGCAAUUAUUUCUUACCUCAUGUGCUGACUCACUUGUUUUCCUUCCCUGCCACUGGACUUGCAAUGAUCAGUUGUUAUUAAUUUUUAAAGCUCUUGGGGGGAUGUAGGGCCUCAAGAUAUGUUUUAGCUUAAGUGACCUCAAUAGAUUGUUAUGUGUAGAACACAGAUUUUUCUGGAAAAGUAAAUACCAGCUUAAUAUACCUUCCUUUGACAGUGAAGUCGGUGUAAUGAAAUGAUGAUAUGAUAUAGGGUUGCGUAGGGCGUUCACUCUGUUUUUCUAUUUUAGUAAAAUCUCCUGGCUUGGCCUUUGCUUCCCCUUUCAUUAUCACUCCAUGAGCAGUAUGAAUGGUGACAGAGCUUUAUUAAAGUCCCCAGUAUAACUAAAGAGAAUCUCUACUUGGCUGCAUCCAGGCAAACAGGUUGGGAAAAAUAAGCAGCAUUUUUUUUUUUUUUAAUAUGCAAUGGUGGAGUACAAGUAAAACCCAAAAUAUACAGUAGUUCUAGGCCUAACUUGACUUUUUCUUUUCAAAAAGCUGAGCUUGCCAGCAGGCUGCACAUAGGUCCAGUAGCCAUGUGGUGAUAGCAGAGCAUUUUAACAUGACCUUAGUUCACUGCUGUUCUCUUCCUGCCUGCAUAAUGAUAAUAAUAAUAAUAGGUUAACAUGGUACAGGCACUCAGUGCUGCAUGGACCCUGCCAAUAACAAAGCUGCUCAAGUGCAACAGGAUGAGAAGCAAAGCCCUCAGCUCUUUUCUUCAGUCUUCCUGGGGUGGGAGGCCAGCAGCAGUUCCAGUGAUGCUUGCCACUAGGUGCCUGGAUGGGAUGAAGCUCUGGUGCACUCCGUGGAAAAGUGCAUUGGAAGCUGAGCUUGCACUGAGGCUUCUGCACACAUAAAGUGGUGAGCUGAUCUCUGCAUUAAUUAAUAAUUAAACAUUAUGCUGGGCUCUAGAUGGAGAGCGAACAGGCAUGCUAUUGGGCAAGCACUUCAAUUCCCAUCUUCUGCCCCAUGCACCAGCUCCUGAGGAUACUGCUGGGAAGGUGUACUGCUCCAAAAGUGCUUCCUUGCAUGGCUGCAGGGAAUGGAGCAGCAUUACUGAGUGACCUGAGAGAUUUCCACAGGGAGCCAAUUCUGAGUAGAAGCAUUUUGUGUCUGUAGAAGGCAGGUCCUGUUCACUGGCCAAAUGUAUCUGGUAGGUGUGAGAUCAAGUGUGAGAUGAGGCAAGUCUUGGUAAUGCAAGGAAAUGCUUCUAGCAGUGCUUGAGAAGCUCCAGUGUGUCCUGUAAUUUUUAUGAUUUAAUCCUUGACUUCAGCCCUCUCUCUACUGAACAGCAUCAUUUAAAAUCAGGCCUUGAAAUACAUUCUUUCUAUAAGGAGCCUCAGCAACCCUCCUGGAGAAAUGGUUGAACUCUCCUGCCCCUGUGAAUCAGACCGUUUCUUUUGCUGAGGAGUUAUAAAAAACAGAUGAUUCACUCAUAUGAGCCACUUUUCAGCAACUAGUCCUUAAGUCUGUAGAUAUGCGAGUUAACAAAAUCAAGCCCUGCAGAAGGGGUUUUGACAGUAACUCCAGCUCCAGUUCAGGCCUUCCUUUCUGUGUUCUGUCCAAGUUCCAUACCAACUUCUGUGGACUUUAAUUGAGCCAGAGUGGAGAACCAUCUCAUUUAUAAACUGGGCUGCUCUGGAGAUGCAGCCCUUGGCAUCAGAUCUGGCCAAAGGAGCCACGCACCUGUGAGCUGAUCCACAUCUCAGCUGCGUUCUACACUGACAUCAUCAAGGGAGACACUGGCAAGUACCUCAAAAGCAGCAGGUUGUAAUCUCCUUUAAUUUUCAGAGGCUCUUUGAAAAGCUCUGACUGCUCCCUGUCCUCUUCAUGUUUACACGUUUACCUGGAGCUCCAUCAGGUCAAAGCACCAUUGCCCCAAAAGGAGGAAGUCUGAUGAGAGCAUCCUGGUGACAUCUACAGCCUUCCCUUUGUGUUCCGUGUUGUCUGCUGGACAGGCUUUCAGAAAGAUGACCUCAAAGAGGCUAAGGAGUGAAUCUCCAGAAGACAUUAGAAGCUAAAUAUCAGGCACGGCUCCUAGUGUUUGCUUUUUCAUUUAAAUGCUACAAGCAGGCAACACCUUCACAUAUCCUCUAAAACUUUUGCAAUAGCAACAUGUAAAACCAUAGCAACAAAGCUGCAUGAUUGCAAUCUCUUCCUGACCACAAUUUUUCCACCCCUGCCGUUUUUACUGGAGGAAGCAAUCCACUGCCUUGCAGGGUGGAAGGAUCUCGGUUGCUGUGCAGUCCUAGCACUAGACACAGUGCCCUGGCUUAUUCUUCCCAGCUGUUUUCUUUUAAGCUUUCAGGAUUGGAGGAGCUGAUUAAGCAUGAGUCCCUCAAUGCUGAAUGCAUCCCCAUUACAUAUACUCUUAUCUCAGAGACACAAUGGGUUUUCCUCUCAGCCUUGCUUAUGCUUGUGCUGCAUAAAAAAAUUUGUUUAAAAUUCACUUUCUUUUUGAAUAUUUUCCUCUCACUUUAGUUAUGACUCAGAGAUGUUAGUUUGCUUGAAUAUAUUUUUCUUUAUUCACACAGGACCAUUCCAGAUGGGCCAUUCCACUGUCUGCACUACUUUCACUCUUCUUAUACAAGGCAUUAAGAAAAGUGCACCCUAAUGUGGGUCUCUGAUGCGAGGAGAGAGUGAUCAUUAAACAGAUAUUAUAAUAUUUAGAGAUAACUUUUGCAAGCUAUGAUCAUUUUGGGGUGAUCUAAAGGCCAAAGCAAUAGCCAACAGUCCUCUUUAAAUAAUGGGCUUUGUGUAAACCUUUGCUCUGAAAUCAUUACAUUGGGUUUAGCUGUUAUUUCUCCAUGCCCCUCUGCAUGUGUGCAUGAACAGUUUACUCAGCUCUGGGUGUUCCUGCUGGAAAAGGGGUUGGGCCAGAUGGACCCAGAUGUCUCUUUCAGCCUCAGCCAUCCUGCAAUUCUGUGAUAACCUUCAGAAUCAGGAUCAUAGAAUGGCUUGGGUUGGUGGUGACCUUAAAUAUAAUCAAAUUCCAAACCCUCUGCUGUGGGCAGGGUUGCCACCCAUCAGAUCAGGCUGUUCAGGAGCCUCUGCUUUGGGCCAGUAUAUGCAAGCUCCCAUCUCACUAAGAGUUUUAACUUCCAGCUCUAACACAUAUAACUCCUCUGCUUUUAUUUAACUUUACCCUUUACCCUUAAUCCUUGACAUGGCUGGGACUUGAACCUAUGGCUUCUUUGUAAACUACCUUGAACCUGACCAAGGUGUUUCAACAACAAGGCUUCUUCUCUGCUGAACUGACAGGAACAGAAAUCCUGUGUGAAUGAAGGGAGUUAAUACUUUUUCAAACAUAUACUCAAAGUGCUAUAAUAGGUAUGACACACAACUAAGACUCAGGUUUUCACAGAAAGGCAGAAAAACACAAUCAUUGAAUCAAAAAAUGUAUUUGCCCUGGAGCAAAAAAAAGGCCCAAGAAAAUAGGCUAAGUCUGAAAACUGUAAACAUCACUCCCUGAAAGAUGGAAGAACAGUUACAUAAGAAACAAACAAUUGAAAAAAUGAUUACCUGGCUUUAAAAGAAACUCCAACCUAUACAGAGUGAGAUAUCAAAGCAGCUAGUAGUGCUGAAAGCCAUGCUCUUUGGUGAGAAAGAUGUACAAACCAGAACUCCCUUAUUCUGAGAAAGAAAACAGCAUCCACUGUGCUUUGAAUGAGUGCAGAAAGAGCAUUAAGUGAUAAUGAGUUUACUGGAAUGACAAACAGAAGCAGAAGGUGGAAAAUAGGUAGCUAGCAUCUACUGGCCCACUGCAGAGGCUCCUCACUAGAAUGUGAGGACCAGGGAAGAGAUCUAGAAGACAGGUGCAAGACAAGAGGUAAGGUAAAGAGGCAGUAAUUGCCAACAGUGUCAUGAGAAACCAGAAGAGAUGGAAAAUGUCCCAAUAUGUAUUAAAAGAACUGAUUAUAAAGGAAAAUCAAUGUAAAGAAAUAGUAAGUAUAUAUACAUAUAUAUAUACUUACUAUAUACAUGUAUAUAUAUGUAAGUAUAUAUAUGUAAGUAUUAAAUGUAAUCCUGAGUAAUUUUGAGAGAAAAGGCUCUGGCAGUCACAGUUAAAGAAAAACUAUAAUAACAUAAUGGCCUUGAUAGGUCUCUGUUUAACUUGGGUGAUCUUACAAAGAACAAUUUGAAAAGGAGCACACAGACUUAGGGAUAGAACCACUGAUUUCACAAAUGGUCUAUUAAGCUAAUGUAUAAGUAACAGGAGGAAUCUAGGAGGAAGGUACAAAGUUUGAUGCAGUGGGGAAAGUAAUGAAAUGCUAUCAGCACUUUUAAGUAUCAGUAUUUAACAAUACAGCAUAUCAGUAGCGAAAGAUUGAAAAGAUUGUGGGUUAAGGCUGUGUAUACAAAGGUUUGAGGUCUGAAAAAAGUGACUAACACAAUAUUAUGAUUUAGCCAGAAGAAAUGCUGAAGGAAAAUUACAUAGGUAAGUAUUAAAGGAUACUCAUAUCUCUUCAAUAAUGAUGCUUAACAACUAUAUUCUUUUGUUUCUAAGAAUUAAGCCUAUGCAGGCAUUCUUAGAAUUCAUGAACUAUAUAUAGUAAAUUGCAAGGUGAGACAAGGCAAGAGAAGGAAACAGUAAAACUGGCAUAUAAAUACAUCUAAAUCAGUAUUUAAAUACAUUAGCUGUUGAUUACAACUAAAGUGUAAGUUUUGAUGCUUUACUUCAAAGAAUGCAUAGAAACAAGCAAUGGAGAAUCAUCCAGAAGGUGACUGAGCAAACUUCUUUGAAGGGAAAUGUUCAAGCUCAUGGGACAAAGAUCCCAUUAAUGAUCACUGAACCACAGAAUAGCUUGAGUUGGAAGAGACCCCUAAAAGCCAUCUGGUCCACCUGCCCUGCAAUGAACAGGAACACCCACAGCUCCAUCAGGUGCUCAGAGUCCUGCCCAGGCUGACCCUGAGUGUCCCCAAGUACAGGGCAUUGACCACCUCUCUGGACAGUCUGUUCCACUGCCUCACUACACUUACUAUAAAAAUGUAUUCCUUAUAUCCAGUCUAAAUAUCCACUGUUUUAGACCUGAACUGUUAACCUUUGUCCUAUCACAGCAGGCACCGCUGAGUCUGUCCCCUAAUCUUGUGUUAAUCUUACUUCUCAUUUGGUUCAGUUCUCAUUUGGUUAACAACAGAGGAAGCAGUUAAUGUCUGCUUGACAACAUAUGCAACUUUUGUGUAUGUAUGUGUGUCUGCGUGUUUGUGCAAGCAUGUACGUGCAAGCAUUGGCCAAAUGAGACUGGCCAGGAACAGACAUCAGAAGAGGCUGGUUGAAGAGCCAAUCUAUUGGCAGCCCAGAGUAGUAGCUCCCAAGAUUCUCCUCUUGCAGCCUAACCUCCAGGGCUGUGGUUCCUCUUUCAAUCCUACAGCUCAGUUCAUGGCCCUGCAUUUGGGAGCUCCUCUAAUAGCAUGCUGGUGUCUCCAACUGCCUUCAAACAGCCAGGGCCAAGCAGAGCACAUCCCUAGCUAAGUAACAAAGGAGGCUGGACUUGCAGCCGUCUGUCUGGCUCUCAGAUUUCACCAAAGCAAACAGAAGCAGCUUGCCAGCUACCUUGACUUCGAGGGUCCCAGUAGAGGGCACGUGGGAAACUGCCAAAGAGAAGUAGGGGAUCAGAGAGGAGGCGUUGCCAGCAGCUCGCCUCCAUGCUGGGAGGUGUUUGUGUGCAGAAAACCAUCCAGAAGAAACGAUAGCAGUAACCAUGACAAUGUCAGCAGCAUGGCACUAGCGGGGCUUCCUCAGGGAUUAACACUUCCCAGUACCAUGAGCGUAUCUCCCUUUUUCUCAUGCAUUCUGUUGAUUCAGUGGUAGCCUGCGUUUGCUCUUAUCUUCCUCAAAGCAGAGCUGCUUGUGAAACCGCUUUCUCUGAGAACUGCUGAGGCAGAUCUACAUGUAAAAUGCAGAUAUCUUUUACAAAAGGGUCUGUCCCUUGUGCUUGUGGACCACUUUGUGGACACCUGGAGGGUUGGAACUUCAUGAUUCUUGAGGUCCCUUCCAACCCAGGUCAUUGAUUCUGUGACUCUGUGAUCUGCAUCUCCACCCACUGAAUGUCGCUACCAGAGCCAGGAACUACUCCUAACUAGAGCUGAAGUUGUCUCACUUCACUAAGCAUGUUGCUACUUCUAAGGUGUGACUCAGUGCUUUUCAGUUAGGUGUCAUCACGUACCGUUUGCUGGGAAAUAAAAUCAACAUUAGUUAAUUCUUCUCUCCCUCUUUUAUAAUACAGGUUUUUGUUUACUGCUCCAGAUCAUGGGUGAUGUACACAAACAGCAGAGUUCAGGGAUGCUGGCUGUGUUUGCAGACCUGCUUCUUGCAGUAUAGGCUGCAUGGUCACAGACAACCACAGUCCUGGUGAAAGAAAUGGAAAACCAAACAACAGGAGGAAACUAGGAGAAAGGCAGAGAAAGCUUAUGUUCUUUGUGUAUGGCAAAGGAUGGGGGAAACAUGAAACAAAGCAAGGAGGAAAACAAUAGAGAAAGAGAUAGAAGAUCCAUGUGGGCAACCGAAUAGGACUGAUAGAGCACAAAAUUCUUCCUUUUGGGUGCUAACAGCAUGGAAGACCUUCUACAGGGCCUGCUCAGCACUCAGUCUCUUGUGCUCAUGUCAACCAAGGAAAUUAUUCAUUAUUUUGGAGAGCACCCGUUUACUUUUCUUCUCUCUGUAAACCUCUAAAAAUGUUUAUCCUUAGCCCUACUGUGUUCUUUUACAACAUAUGAAUUUGCAGUAAUAAGAAUAAAUUAGAGCACUCGGCAUCGGACAGGAUGACUGAUGUAAGCUGUCAGCCGAUGUUUGACUUUCCAGGUGAGAUUAGAUUUAGCAUUUACCUUAAUAUAAACAGAAAGCGUGCAGCAGAAAGCACUUAAUUAACAGGCAAGUGCUCGAAACCUUGUGCAGGCUGGAGGCUACUUGAAGAGUAAGAUAGCUCUCUUGCUUUCAAGAGUAUCACAGUAUUAUCCGGUGGAGUUUCAAAAUCCUGAUUGUUACUGGCAGUCUCAUCACUGAAGGAGACAGCAAAGGUAAGUUUCUGUUGUUAAGACUUUAUUUUCUAUCAAAAAACCUACAGAUUUUUAUUUAUUAUUUCCCCACUGAAAGGAAAAGCAUAGAGAUUUUGCACAAAACACAAGUUUCAGGAGAGUCUGGGUUUCUGUUUUCUUACAGCUUGCUUGCUUUCAUUAGACUGCCUUUAUCCCAUAUGUUUGACUGUGUGGGUAUAAUUGUACAGAGAUCUACACGCAUGUGUACCCGUGUCCUUCUGUAUGUGAAUGCCUGUUCUGUGCAUGCUGAAAUCACAAGGCUAUUCCAAGAAACAAAGGAAGGUAGAUGAAUAUGUAUAACACCCCUUCCUGGUUGAAGAACAUUUUCUUUACUCUAGUCUCCAUCUCAAGAGGAAAAUCAGUGUGCCUGGAUGCCUGUAAUAUGUGUCAGAUAGGCCCACACUCACUGAACUUCAGGGAGGCAUACUUGACUUCCACAGACUGCAAAUGAUCUGAGUAAGGAGUUGGACCUCCUCGGGUCUCUAAACAUAUUGAAGCACUCUGAUACAGGGAUUCUCAGCUGGUCCAAAAUCAAUACGACACUUUUGCUAGUAGGUAUUAUUAUUUAAUCCUUAUAUGCAGACAAAAUUAACCAUUGUAAUCGUUAUAGUAUAGAUAUUUCAUUAAAAUACGUAUUGUGUUGUCUCUGGUAGUUGUAACUUGCAAGAAUGGCUGAAAUACGAAACUUCACGUGGGCAGUGGAAGAUAUUUUCAAGGAAACUUUCCUCACUUACAUGAAUGGCUGGAGGAAAAACAUGACAGAAGCAGCAAAUGAACUGCAAGCCAAGGUUGAUGCUGAAAACUUUGACUAUGUUAUCCUUUAUUUGAUGGUGAUGAUUGGAAUGUUUUCCUUCAUUAUCGUGGCAAUCUUGGUGAGUACUGUGAAAUCCAAGAGGCGAGAACACUCCAAAGACCCUUACCAUCAAUACAUCGUGGAGGACUGGGGCGAGAAGUAUAAAAGCCAGGUUCUGAAUCGAGAAGAUCUCAAGUGUGUGGUCCAUGAAAACUUUGGUGCAAGGGACAAAACAAGCCCUGGAUCACCCUGACGUUUCAGAAACAUCAGGGUUUCUGAAGAGGAAAUCAUGAAGCCACAUUUAGGGAACUCGCUCUAAUUAUAGACAGCUAAGAAAUUGUUCAGUAGAUUUACACAGGGUGAUCGCUGAAGAAAUCAGCAUCACUGUUUCCUCUGAGAACUCUGGCACAGCUGCUUUGAGGAACACCAAAGAAAAAUGCAUGACUGUUCUCUGCUUUGAAAUUCUGCUAUUCAGGAAAAUAAAGUCAUGGAGAGAAUAACUUGAAAUUUUUAGCAAUUCUUUGAAAUCCAGUAGCAGAUCUGGAUUACUGAACAGAAGACAUCAGAUGAACUGUAGGAGUUUUCAAGUGCUCAAAAGUGCUGAUUCAGAUCCAAACUGUAUGACAUAAGCCCAUCUUAAAAUAACAGGAAGCUGCACAAUAAAAUACCAAGCCCUCUAUCUAUUGAUUGAACAGUGUGUUAUGGUAUGAAUCACAGGAAGUAACCUAUAUCUACACAUGUUCAAGCCAAACUGUUAUUUUAAUGACCUGGCUCCCAUUUCAAUUUAAUUAUUCACUGGCUGCAAAGAAUGAUUCAUGGCCUUCUGAGGAGGCCUGUUUUAUCGUAAAAGUAUAGCCAGACUAUCAGUCUCAUCUAAGAGCAUGUCCUGGUUGUCCAGAGCAGCUUCUAGAGGGUCACCAUCUUUCUUGAAGUCCAUAGCUGUCCAAAUUGUCUCUUCUGCUGCUCCUCAGCUCUCCAGAUUGAUCUGUCUAUCUGGGAUGCAAGCUGGGUGAUAGGGAUUUCUUGCAUUCCUAUCUGUCAAGGCCCAUGCUCCUGCUAUGUGUCUUUCAGAGUAGGGGUUUCUAUGACCAACUAUCGAAGCUAUUCCAUUGCUGUGCUUCCUAAGGGUUUCCCAUGUUGGGUACUAGUAUCCAUCAGUCAGAAAACAGGUUCUAAAGAUGGUUUAUCUUCUCCUGUGCUGCGAAAGUACCAUGAUGCUGGAUGUCAGGGAAUAAUUAGAAGCAAAGACGGUACUACUUCUAGUAUUAAAAUGUGUUUCUUUUUGUAAUGCUCUAGGUUUAGCUUCUAUUCAUGUUACCAGACUUUAACUGCUCAAAGUUCUCAUUCUGGCUGUCAAUUGCGUGGGCUUCUUGAAUGCUUUCAGAGUUUUGUCUGAAACACUUCAGCCAUGUCUGUGACUGCUUUCCUGACAAUUUUGUUUUACUCAUAGUAAGAGGAAAUGAUGAAGAAAAGAGUUUCUUGGGAAGCUUUGACUUGUUUUGGAGCUUGGUCUUGUGAUAUGGCACAACAGCUAUUGUCAUGCUCCAGGACAUGCUCUUGUUAUGGCUCUGAUCCCCUCCAGGAGGAAGGACAUUCCUUACCAUUUACCCUUGAUGCUCGCAGGCUGUAAGGUAACAGUUAAUGUGCCCACCAAGCAGCUGGAGGGACUCUGGUAGCCAUCUGGCCCACAUGCUACAGCUAUGUUUCAGCCAUGGGAAGAGCAUCUUUAGACAUGGUAUGGCAGCAGGAACAGCCACAGUGAAUGUGUUCAUGAUGUGCCAACAUCAUGAACAGCUGCACCUGCUCAGGCUCUGCUCCCCACCAAAAACAAUAGGCAGCUUCCACUGCUGGCUGUGCUCUGAUCCUGGCUGCAUGCAGGCAUCUGUGACACUGAAAUGGGGGCAAGCACCCGAGUUGACUCUGCCCUUGGGACAUGCGGGCAAUGCCUUAGGUCAGUCAUGUCCAACCUGUGGCCCAACCCAGCCACCCCCUGCCCCAUGCCAUCAUGGUGCACAGCCAUCAUUUGACACCAGCCAAACAUGAGUGUGAGAUCAGUGCUGCCUGGGCUGAAACCAGGGCACAGGGAGGGCACAGUGCAGUGCUAACUCAAGUGAUGGCAAAUAAUUGUAUGCAUUUUGAUACACUGGUUACAAACAGCCCCAUGAAUGGUGAAAAAUAUGCAGCCAUGCUUUCUGUUUUGGUAAAGGAAGAGUAAAACUUCAUCAAAAAUCUCUGACAAACACUUGGAGAACUCGCUACAAAUUAAAACCACUGCUGUCAAACCAGACUGAUGUGUCAGUUUCACAAAAAUAAAUAUCCCACUAGUUUUAUGUUUUUGUUGCUCUCUCUUACGCUUUAAUAAAAGAAAUAAAUAAGUUUUGUGGCUUAGAUACAUUAUUACAUACAAGAACAGCUCCAAAAGCACUCCCUCCCAUUUUAUUAUGUUGGUCCACCAUGUCAGAGGUGGAUGGUGGUGGUGUGGCAGUAGAGGUUGGAUCUUCCCACCCAUAUUCUAUUACAUGCUUUGUCACGGGACUGACAGCUGAGAAUUUAUCAAACAGUGUUAUUAUGCUCUUUGUAUCCGUUGUGGUUCCCCUGGAAAUAAGUAGCAGGCUCUACUUCUGGAGCAGCCUAGAUAAAGUAUAUGAAGCCCAAGACAAAUCCACAGUCAGCACAGCCCAGGCAAGCCCAAAAGUUGCCCCAGUUCAGCUGAAAAGAGACAGCCCACAUAACACACUGUCUUAGAAUCAUAGAACAGAAUCUUAGGAUUGCUCAGGUUGGAAAAGACCUUAAAGAUCAUCGAAUCCAACCACAACCCAACCAUGCUACCCUAACAACUCUCCGCUAAGUCAUGUCCCUGACCACCACAUCCAAAAGGUUUUUGAACACAUCCAAGGAUGGUGACUCAACCACCUCCCUGGGGAGCCCAUUCCAGUGCUUCCUGUAAAUAAGUUUUUCCUGAUAUCCAACCUAAACUUCCACUGGCUGCAGGCUCCCCGUCAUGUGGGGUGGUGCUGCCUUUGAAGCUGUUGUAGGGAACAGCCAUGAGAAAACGAAGGCGAAGCUUUCCACGGGGAGCUUCCGAAACUGAAGUGCUCUCUUGCAAUGUACACAUCCUAGCCAGGCGCUGCUGGGAGAUGUAGUUCUCCUUGCCGUCCCGCCCACAGCAAUGGCCGCCCGCUGAGAUGCUUCUGCCCCGGAUUGUGCCUUUAGAAGCGUGACACUCAUCGGUGCUGGGUGCAGCUUGCUUCAGGACAGGCAAUAUCAGCCUUCAGCCAAGAUGGUGGCAUUUAACUUGAAGGCUUUGGAGAAUUUCCCAUUGCUGAUGUACAUCUUGGCAGCUAAAACAUUGAUUCUUUGCUUGGCGUUUGCUGGAGUUAAAAUGUACCAGAGUAAAAAAAUUGAAGAAAAAUUGAAGAGGGAACGUGAAGAGAAAUUGAAAAGAGAAGCAGAGAAGAAGGGUGAUUAAAGAAUCUCUCAGAUUCUGUGACACUUGGCAGCUUGCUUGGAUUCCUUUCCUGGGAGAAUGAAGGCUUCCUGUAGAUGAAGGAUGUGCCAAAGGAGUAAAACCCUCCAGAGUAACAUUCACUUAAACUGUAUCUCAACUUUUUGUAUGUACAGCGAAAUAUCGAAGCUUCUAUUUAUGCAAUAAAGAAAACGUUUGUUUAAAAGUAA